CAUGCAUGUCAUGAAUUCUUCCAAAAAAGUCACACAGCUCACACCCAACGCAUUCUCUCCUUCAUCGUUUAUAUAACCACACACAUUAACAUGGUGUUUAUGUGUGUGUGUGUGUUUCGAUCUUUUCUCAACCUCCUUAAUUAAUUCAUCAAUGGCGGAUCUGGUGAUGCCCAAGUUGAUAAACCUGCUAUCGUCUCUUCUUCAGAGAGCCGCGGAAUCGAACGAUCUCAACCGUCCAUUACACACUCAGAAGAUAUCCAUCUUCUACGGAUUGAUCCGACCCAAUAUAAGCAUCGAGAAAUACCUGGAGCGGAUCUUCAGAUACGCCAAUUGCAGUCCGUCGUGCUAUGUGGUGGCGUAUGUUUAUCUCGAUCGGUUCGUGAAGAGCCAGCCGUUUUUGCCGAUUAACUCUUUCAAUGUUCAUCGGUUGCUUGUUACCAGUGUACUUAUCUCGAUCAAAUUCAUGGAUGAUAUAUGUUUCAACAAUGCGUAUUACGCAAAAGUUGGAGGAAUAUCAACGGUUGAGAUUAACCUGCUUGAAGUCGACUUUCUAUUCGGGUUGGGGUUCCAAUUAAACGUCACACCGGAAACAUUCCGGGACUACUGUACAUAUCUCCAAUCGGAGAUGAUGAUGGGGUUUCCUCCUGUGUGCUCGGCUCCACCAGUUCUUACCAUGGGGGCAGAUCAUUGUGCCAUCAUCAAUGAAGAUGAUUGUCAAUCUCAACAUCAUCAACCGCAGCUGGCUGUUUGAUGGGCAUAUAUGGGAAUUACCCGGUGCGCUCGACUCCAGCUAAGGCUUUUUGGAGAUGCGAAAAUUUUCAUGUGUUGAGUUUAAACUUUAAAGUAAGAAAGGUUUUUUUUUAACACUUUCCAUUGUUGUCCAAAAGCAAGCGUUUUACAUGAUUAAAAAUUUUGGUCACUAGAUCUACCUUAAAUUCGCAUCGAUCUUAAUGACUCAAUCAUUCAAAGACUCUUUCCCAAUUA